ACGGUUUCGCUAUUGUAUAAGACGGCUGCAUACUAGAUCGAUCGGUUUCGAAGUCAGCGUAAAAUUUCGGUACAACUCACACGAGAUCAUAAGGUACAAGUGCGACUGCACCCAAAUGCGCUAGCAUGUCAAGUACCGAUUUCGCGAGAGGCAAUGAAUCUUUUCAAAAAUCCGACUUCAGAUCGGCUUAUAGGCAUUAUACAAAUGCAUUAAAGGCGAAUCCAAAAAACGCAGUUGUCCUGGACUGCCGAGCAGCCACAAACCAAAGACUUGGAAAGCAUAAAGAUGCAUUAGAAGAUGCACGCUUAAUCGUCAAACUCGAACCAACUCAGGCUAGGGGAUACCUGAGAUUAUACAAAGUACUCACCCAUUUGAAUCAGAAGGAUAAAGCUCAGCAAGUGAUUGGUGUCAGUCUGAGGCGUGUGCCCGCUUUUGACAAGCUAUACCCGGCUCUCAAACGACUUAAAACAUCCAAAGAUAUUGACACCCCCAUCCAGAACUACUGGCCACUAUUACCGUUGGAAUUGAUACAUUCCAUCUUUCUUUCUCUUCCAUUACAAGACCGUGUACGUUCGAUGCGCGUUUGCCGCUACUGGCACCAGAUACUGAGAGAUACGCCUGCCAUCUGGCGCGACUUGACCAUCACGAAUCCAUCCACCCGAAUUACCUUUCCUGCCUUUACCACUUACUUGAAACGUGCCGGGUCAGCUGGAGUUCAUACAAUUGCGCUGGGAUCAAUAUCGUUCAAGAAGCAAAGAGGCAACGAGCCCAUGAAGGACUUGUUGAACGCCCCUCAAUGUCUUCAGCAUAUAGAUUUUACAGGUUGGUCAGCUUCACAUUCUACUGCUCAAUCACUUUUAAGGCAGAACAAGUCGACCUUGCGAUAUGUCAACGCUACGGAUGCUACAAGUAGCAACGAUUACAUAUGUGCAGCCAUAGAAGAAUGUGAUAUUUUGGAGACGUUGGUGUGCUUAAACUAUACACGCCUGGACUACAACGAGUUGAAAUAUCCGAGUCGUGCAGCCUCAUCUGUCAAGAACUUCCACUUUAAAACACAAUUGCCUGCUGCUGGAGGAUACACUGCUGGACCAAUGGUACGAUAUAUCGGCUCCCUUCCUAACCUGGAAAAUCUCAGUCUACAUUACACGGACGGCAUACCUGGCACAUUUAUCCACCGCCUUAUCCUAUCACUUCCAUAUCUUCAACAGUUUCGUGUUCGUAUCGAACAAAGGCUCUCAUCGGCUUUGAGAACCGAUACAACCAACACUCUAUCUGCUCGAGAAGCAAAAGAGCUAGAACGAAAUUCCGCCAACAUCCGUGUCUUCUCACUAGCAUGUCUAUGCUUCUAUGACUGGGAGCUCAUACCUAUCAUCACUGGAUGCCGCGAAAAGAUCCAAGCACUUACGUUGUAUGAAACCAGCUUGACGGACCAUGGCCUACAACAUGUCUGCCUACAGCCGCUGCCUCAACUUCAGGUUUUAGAAUUAUCAAGGUGUCAUUUCAGCUCGGAAACCAUGGUGUCACUGCUUCGCGCCUGUCCUAACCUGAGAAACGUAGUGCUCAACGAUCUCCCUAAUGCCAACGAUGAAGUCAUGACAGCCCUGGCCCAGUGCAAGCACGUUACGACACUUGAUAUAUCCUCCUCAACCAAGAUUACCGGCUUUGGUGUCAGACGGGUCGUAGCUGGUUGUCCCUCUCUUAGACGCCUGGUUGCUGAUUGCUGCAGUAUUGAUCUUGAUACUAUUCAGCACACUCGGUCUGUUAUGGGUCAUUCCAGCUGUAGCUUUUUUUCAAGAGUAUAGUGCGUCUGCCGGAUCAAAGACAGUAGAUUGUUCUCUCGUGAUCCUGACCUCUUAUCCACCGCUUUGUACAUUUUCAUAUAGUGCCUACUGAUUUUCCUCCAUACCACUUUGCUCUAAUAAAUACAGUAAUAACGUCAUCGAUUCGGUACGCGAUGUUCGAAUUAACAGCCCAUACUAUUCGUUUCUGUAGGAGCUACCUGCCCGCCAACCCAAUCAAUGCGCGAUAAGAC